AAAAAGGAAAAAUGGAGGAUUCCGAUGAAGACUGUUACGUUAAUCCUGAGGGAAAUGGUGAGGAGGAGCGCAGCAAGUACGAGUUCGACGCGCCUCAGUUUUACGAUUUUACGAGGUCGGAGUUCGAUUCUGAAAUCGAUGAGGCGGAGAGGUGGUUUGAUGUUUCUGGAAAUUAUCCUCCUUCUCCUUUUAUUGUAAAGUUGAAUUUGGAAAAACUAUUGUAUGGGGAAGUUUCAGUAAUAUCUGCCAAAGCAAAAUAUAGCAACAAAAAAAGCAGCAACACUUCAGAUUCCGAUAGUCGGCAUGGAGUUUCGACUUCCAAAAAGAAUCCUAAAGGAAAAAGCAAUCAGGAUAACACACCAAAAUUGAAGACAAAGUCGGCUGAUAAACCAGUCCAACCGAAGAGUUCAACCUUAAUGGAACCUACAGCUAGUCAUUUGGCUAAACAACAUAAAGUGCAUGAUAAGCAUUCCGGCCACAUUUGUACAAGGCUUCAGAAAAUAUCGGCCAAGCUCGAAGGAAAGAGCUCACAUAGUUCUACCAUACUCGACAACUCUGCUACAAAACGGCAAAAACUUGAGAUUGGUUACUUAAGAAAGGUUGCGCAUUUGAAGCAUAAAUAUUCCUUACUACAUAAAUCGUCAAAGAAGGUACCGUUACAUACGAAAAUUAUGAUUUAUGUUUCUUUUUUCUUACUUAUAUAUCCAUCAACGAGAUUUUGAUUUGCUGAUUUUUUUUUUUUUGUAAAUUUGAUUCAUUUAAGGUUACUGUUCCAAAAGAACCGGAACUGGAGACGAUGCUUAGAGCACAAAGGAGAGGGUCCAAGAAUAGUUCCGUAUCGAGUGAAACUGAGAAACAAAAGCAAAAGGACUUUAACUUCAAAGCGCAUCCAUUGAACAAAAAGAUUCUUCAAACUCCUUCUUUACUCCAACGUCAAAAGAGCACACCACGAUCGCCCGAGUUUCAAGUGUUUAACUUGAAGACUACAGAGAGAGCCCAUCACCAUGCUUCUACUAAGGAACCAAGGUUGUCAACUAAACAAUUGGAAAGUCCACCUACAGAGCAGUUAUCUAAGCUCUCGUUGGGAUCGGACACUAAAACGAGUACUGCAUCAUCUCAAUUAAACCGGCACCUCUCAGCCAAGGCAAGUAGA